AUGUCUUCGCAUUACGAACAACUCAAAGAUAACACUUCAAUCGUUGUUUUCGGCGCUUCAGGUGAUUUAGCAAAGAAGAAGACUUUCCCAGCUCUCUUCGGUCUCCGUAAGAUGAACCUUCUACCAAAGGACACUCGUAUCCUCGGAUAUGCUCGUUCUAAGAUGACAAAUGAUGAAUUCCAUGACAAGGUUACUGCAUACAUCAAAAUUGAUGAAAAAGAUACAGAAUCUAAGAAGUUAUUAGAGGAGUUCAAAUCAGGUUUAACCUAUGUAUCUGGCGGAUACGACGGUGAAGAUUCAUUUAAAAACCUCAACGAUAACCUCACAAAUGCUGAAAAGAACAACGCUUCUUCUGGUAAAAAAGCUAAUCGUCUCUUUUACCUCGCUCUUCCACCUAGCGUUUUCGGUUCGGUAUCUGAAGGCUUACGUAAAUUCUGCUACUCAGAAUCAGGUACAAACAGAUUAAUCGUAGAAAAGCCAUUCGGAAAGGACACAGAGUCUUCACAACAGUUAAUGAACUCUAUCAAGGCUAACUGGUCAGAAGAGGAAAUCUUCCGCAUUGACCACUACCUUGGUAAAGAAAUGGUUAAAAACUUACUUGUUUUACGUUUCGCAAACGUCUUCCUUGAUAAUCAAUUCCAUAAAAACUCUGUUGAUAACGUCCAAAUUACAUUUAAGGAACCAUUUGGUACAGAGGGUCGCGGUGGUUACUUUGAUGAAUUUAACAUCAUUCGUGACAUUCUUCAAAAUCACUUAAUGCAAGUCCUCUCUUUAAUUACAAUGGAGAGACCGGUUUCGUUCUCUUCAGAAGAUAUCCGUGAUGAAAAGGUCAAAGUCUUACGUACGAUCCCACCAAUUAAGCCUGAUGAAACCUUACUUGGUCAGUACGUUGCUGGAAAUGAUAAACCAGGCUACAAAGAGGAUGAAACUGUACCAAAAGAUUCUAACUGUCCAACCUUCGCUGCCGUCGCAUUACACAUUAACAACCCACGCUGGGAAGGCGUACCAUUCAUCCUUAAAGCAGGUAAAGCUUUGAAUGAAGGUAAAGUUGAAAUUAGAAUUCAAUUCAAGGAUGUUACUUCAGGUAUCUUCUCUGAUAUACCAAGAGAUGAAUUAGUUAUCAGAAUUCAACCAUCUGAAGCAAUCUACUUGAAAACAAACACAAAAGUUCCUGGUUUACAAAUGUCAGCAUUACCAACUGAAUUAGAUUUAACAUAUAAGGAUAGAUUUGAGAAGGCCGUCAUUCCAGAAGCUUAUGAAUCAUUAUUGCUUGACGCACUUAAUGGCGAUCACUCAAACUUUGUUCGUGAUGAUGAGCUUGACACUGCAUGGAAGAUCUUUACUCCAAUCCUUCACUGGAUUGAAGGUAAGAACGGUGGUGAGAAACCAACACCGGACUCAUACGAGUAUGGUACAAGAGGUCCAAAGGGUGUUGAAGACUUCCAAACCAGAUUUGGAUACAAGCGUACACCAAGCAACUACAAAUGGCCAGUUACUGACCUUAGCCAAGCUAAGAUGUAA